ACCGUGUGGCUUUCGGAACAGCGAUAUGACAUAGAAUGGGUUAACACCUCGUAAUUAGUGGCUUGUCAAACCCUCAGUAGAGGAGUUAGGAGAAGGUCAGGUCAAAUAGGUUUCGUCUUGCACUAACAGACAGCAUAACGCGCGCAAAGAAAGUUUGCUCCCCCCCCCCCCCCACCGUGUUGUCGACUUGCAGAAGUUGACAACUUGAUGGCGUGCAAAUUCUGGCCCAGCGCUGUCAAGUCAACCUCAACUUCUUUUGGAUCCAUAAUUUACGUUCACGAACAUAGUCGUUCAGCGUCCUGGGUUCUUCAGCUAGCAUGAAUCAAAGUAGAAGUAGUAGCAAUGAAGGUCUGUUCACAUUCAAACCCAAACUCAGUCUGACAAGCACCAGGAUUGUGGAAAACAUGGGGACAGACUUCAUGGCUAGACAACAAAACCAUUUGGAAAAGCAGAAAAAAAUGCUGGAAAAAGUAGAGCACCCCCGAAAUGGUCAGCUUAGCCCAAUGGGAAAGACAAGGAAAAGCAACAAAGAGUGGACAAAAGAUGGAAGCUAUGCUGACCAGGAUGUGCAAAAUGAUACAAAAUCAAAGAUCCAUGAAACAUCCUCUGAUGAACAACUCACAAAACCAACAAAAGAAAAGAUCUCAGCAAAUUUGCAACGUAUCCUUGACGGACCUUACGCUAGUGGCCACCCUGACAUGGCACUAAAGAAACUCCGCCCUCCUGGUACCUCACAGCGACCUAGGUAUCCUCAAAGUAGACCCCAUAGUGACGGAGAUGAUUCAGAUGAUGACAGAAAAGAUAAUCAACCAACCAGUCAGUCCUGUGUGGAGCCUGGAAUGCUAGGAAACAUGCGCAGCAAAACUAUGCCACCCCAGCAAACCUUAAACAGGCCCAAGUUAGGUGGUCGAAGAUCAAGUUAUAUGACUGGAGACAGGCUACGAAUGGCAAAAGACCUGGUAGAUAAGGCAAUAAGGUUGCGUAAAGUGUUCACCAUUCAGGGAGGGUACUCAGCUGUGAGAAAUAGCCUAAGGCGGCGAGGAUGGAUCGAGAAGUUCUACAGAUUAACGGUGCCAGUUAAGAAGCCACCAGGCCACAAGCGGAAACGUAACUCCGAAGAGGAUGAAGAUGAUGAUGCUGACGAUGAUGAUGAUGGUGAUUGUACUGAUGAUGAUGAUGGACAUAAACCAGAGGAGCCCAAAAUCCCACCAUGGGAAGAAGAGGAGGGCAUCUAUGGCAUAAUGUCGAGGAUGGUGCGGAAUGUUAAUCCAUCAUUUUACUGGGUGCUCAAGCGAGAUGCCAUUGAUUACCGCUUUCUUGGCCGAGAACAAAUGGUCAACCAUUACUGUAAGGCUGGAUCCUUCACUACAAAGGUUGGUCUUUGUGUCAACAUGAGGAAUGUGCCAUGGUAUGAACAGGCAAACCCAGAUGUCUUUUUUCCACGUUGUUAUAGGCUGAGUCACAAUGAAGAUAAGGAAGCUUUCAUUGAUGACUUCAGACUUACAUCGUGUAUAAAUAUCAUCAAAUUGGUUCUCAAACAAGCUAAGGAUGGGCCAGAAUUAGAGAAAGAAGAGGUGGCAAAACCCACUGAUUCAGAAGAUGGUGCUCCUCCUGCCCCCCAGAAAUGUGACAAUCCAGAGUGUGCCAAGCUGUCUGAAGAAGGUGGCACAGACACAGUUUGUGAACAUAUGAAGGCUGUAGAAGAUGCACCAUUGACUCCAAAAUCCAGCAAAGCAAAAACUGAAGAAAAGAAAAAAAAGAAGAAAUCUGUGAUUGUGCCAUUGAAGGCAUUGGAGAACUCCAUAUCAGAAUGUGAACAGUUCCUACGAUCCAAAAAUCAUGAUGACAUUGAUGACCGAGACAGUACUAAAGAACUUUCUCCUCACAACUGGAAUCAGUUAAUACAAUGGUUCUAUAUGCUAGCUCAUGAAGGUGGUGUGAUCCCUAAUGUGCCAUUGGAGAUGAUAAGGCAGUGUGAAAGUCUGCUGAAUCGUCUGAAAACCCAUUGCCCUCAGUUGGAAAUGGAUGGAGCCAAAAAUGUGUGGAUUGUCAAACCUGGAGCCAAAUCAAGGGGUAGAGGAAUUGUGUGUUAUGCCAAACUUGAAGAGAUGCUGAAACUGGUUGACUCUCACGUCAUGAAGAAAGAAGGGAAAUUUGUUGUCCAAAAGUAUAUUGAGCGGCCCUUGUUGAUUUACAACACCAAGUUUGACAUUAGACAGUGGUUCUUGGUCACUGAUUGGAAUCCUCUCACUCUGUGGUUCUAUCAGGAUUGUUAUCUCAGAUUCUGCUCACAGGAAUACACUCUGGAUAAGUUUGAUGAGUCAAUUCACUUGUCUAACAAUGCCAUUCAGAAGAACUACAAGAAUGGCCCACGAUCCACCAUGUUGCCACAGGAGAACAUGUGGAGUCAUUAUGAGUUCAAGGAGUUCCUCAACAAACGUCGCCAAGGCCACAAGUGGGAGGAGCUGAUCUAUCCUGGCAUGAAGAAAGCUAUCAUCUGUGCUCUACUGGCCACACAGGACCUUGUAGAAUAUAGAAAGUUUUCAUUUGAGUUGUAUGGAGCUGACUUUAUGCUUACCGAGGACUAUAAGCCAUGGUUGAUAGAGAUUAAUUGUAGCCCUAGUAUGGAAGCUAGUACUGCAAUCACUGCUGAACUUUGUACCAAUGUUCUGGAAGACACCGUCAAAGUUGUAGUUGACCGUCGAUUUGACAAGAAUGCUGAUAGCGGGAGGUUUGAGUUGGCUUACAAACAGUCCCCAGUGACAGUCCCCCCCUACAUCGGGUUAAACCUGUCUGUAGAUGGACAGGGAAUCAAGCCACCCCCAGCUGUCAAAAGCACAGAAUCUUCCUGUAGUAGGCUGCAUGAAAGUGCUUCUCAGGAGGAGAAGGUUGACACUGAUAAAGUGACAAAAGCCUCUGACAGAGAUGAAGCCAAGUCAGAUGAAGAAGGUGAAACUACUGACAUGCCUGAACAGAAAACAUCAAAUCCACCCAGCAAGAGUUCUUCAGCCACAAGGGAUCUGCACAAGAGAAAAUCACAGUCAAGUCCUUUUAAGACAGCCUCCAAGAUGAGCCAGGAGAGCAUUCAGUCAACCCAGAAGAGUGCUGGGACGACAAAGUCAGAAGCAACGUGGAAGAAGGAGCGGGCUGUGUCACAGUCUGUAAUCUCACAGACCAAUGGUGUUUCGAAGAGUCUGGCCUCACCUACCUCCAUGUACACAAUCACAGGUGGCAGGAGAAUUGUUUCACGAACGUCUGUGGCCAAUAAUUACCCAGUUGUGAACACCAACCAAGGACAAAAGGAGCAACAGACAUUACAAGUGAAUACAGUUGAUAGCAAAACCUUGCAGAGCCAGUCUUCUACAUCAGCACCAAUCAAAGGUAACUUUGAUAAACAACAUGUGCAUUCUGGUAAACAAAACUCUUUCCCAUUGCCUCCUAAAAUACGCCGCCUUCGCCCAUCAAAAAAGCAAACUCUUCAGCCACGGAGGCCAGAGGUGAUGAUAAAGUUGCCCAGCCUUCCCUAUGCAGAUAUGAACAUAGAAUAUAAAGGGGGAGGGACAAGACUAAAGUAUUUCAACCAAAGGCCUGUAGUUAAUCCCUAUGUGUUUUCACCUGGUAAUUUAGGCCCUCCCAGUAACAGUGGUGUCUGGGUGAACCCAUAUGUAUGAAAAUAUGUGGUCAUGCACAUGAAUGGGUUGAUUCAACCCAUCAUUUAAUACCCCUACACAGAUUUUUGGUUAACUGCAUUUUUAUUUCAAACUACCUUAAUGUAAUUAUAAUAUGAUAGAGACAGAGAAACGAGAUUAUGAAUUCUCUUUCACUGGUGUGCCAUGAUGUGCGAUUGUUUACACGGUUGUCUCCCUUAUUGCUACCAUUCACAUUACCAUAUCGUGUCACAUGUGAGAAUUUUUUUCCUUCUUCAGGUGUGCAUUUUUUUACUGUAAAUGUACAUUUUAUAUGACCAAAGAGCCUACUAAAUACCUGUAAUUCAAGCUGAAUGAAAUUGGCUGAUAUUUCAGGAGUGUUUAGGCUCGCAGUACUGCAAGCAUAUGACUUGUAUGAUGGUCAUGCAGAAUUGACACAUUUUGCUGCUAGUUAUUCAAUCCCUAAGCUUUUGUACUUAAAGGACGGCGGCGACGCAAGAAGCACUCAGUAAAAGUGAUUGGCACUAAGACCUCUUGUGGUGCGCUGGUGAAACUACCGAUU